AUGGAAGCCGUCACUCGAUUCUUCUCCUCUCCGCGAUUUGCCGUGGCGGGUGCCAGCAAUGAUGCAAACAAGUUCGGCUACAAGACUAACGUCUCAGUCCUCGCCUGGUAUCAUCAGCACUCGCUGCCAGUCACCCCUCUUAAUCCUCGGGCGCCUGAGAUUCAGCUUCCGUCCAAGGCAUACAAGACGGUCGCCUCGCCCAGCGCAUUGUCCGGACCGACGCAAACCUCCUUGUCGGUGGUGACGCCCCCCGCAGUGACGCUGUCUCUGUUGCAAGAGGCGCAUUCGGUGGGAAUUCCCGCGGUCUGGCUGCAGCCUGGCACCUUUGAUGACAAGGUGUUGGACUUUGCCAAGGGCCGCUUCGAGGCGGUGGUGGCCGGUGAUGGAGGACGGGGUUAUGAGGGAUGGUGUGUGCUUGUCGAUGGGGAGGAGGGAUUGGAGUCUGCUGGAGUGCAGUGGACGAAUCAGAAGCUGUAG